AUUAGUCAGGCAGAAAGACGUUGGAAACUUGCUUGGCCAAGACACAUGGGACAGCAACUGGGUGUCGGUGUGGGUUCGUACACUGGGAUUGGGAACAAACGCACUGUGGGUAAGUCGCUUGGAGGAACAUUAUGAUGAAACCAGGGGUCAGGGGGCGGUUUGCUGGGAUUCUGGUGGUCGGCGACUCUUCCGCCCGUAUUAGUGUUAGUCUGCUAUCGUCGUUGUGGUGGCUUGCUGGAAAGUGCCGUCAAGUGUGUGUAGUAGUGCUGUCUAGAGCACGCACACGCGGCAGAGAAAGUGUGAAAGAAGGUUUGAUGUAUCUGCGGUAUGCAAAAGACUGCAUGUUCACGUUACAUAUUGCCCGCCGCCUUGUGACAGGAUGCAGUAGCGUACGUUUUUUCCACGCUUUUCCCUUUCCUUCGCUCCCAUGUCAGAUCCUAUUGAUCUCUAGCGUCUUCUCCACAAUCAUGAGAAGCGUUCCAUUCGAGCCAAGUUUGCAGGGUAGUUUGCGGCGCGUGGACCGUGCGUUCCAAGGUGGACUUGAUUUUUUCACAUGCCGAGAAGUUCAGGGGACGAAAACGCUCGAGCGGUUUUUACCUCGGGAUCUUUCCAGCCUGGCGGGUGGGUAGGCGUGUGCCUGUGCCUCGAUAUUGACCCUUGAAGCCGCGCAACCCGGAUUGAAAAGACCGUUCGAUUUAUUGUCUAUAGUAUUGACAAACCAGGUUGAAGGGCCCCUGUUGCAUCUGCACACUAAAGUUACGGUACGAGCAGCGGGUAGAAGGAUGGAAGGUCGAG